GCAACUUGUAAUCAACAUCUAAUUGUAGAUAAGAAGAAUAUGUUAUUAAGUAGCCACAAGUAUUUGAAUUAAACUUGCAGCUCAUGUUCAGGGAUAUUGUGUAAGGGCACUAUUUUAAAGCAAAGCUGUAUUUUAAUUCAAGCACAAAUGAAAUCUUUCUAUGUAUCUAUAUUUCAGGCAGGCACAGGAUAUGAUGUUUCAGAGUAAUUUUGAAAUUGCUGUUCUGGGGUGGGGUGAGGUGAGAGUUGAAGGAUUACAAGGCACAUGAGAAUAACUAUCAUACACCAUUAACUGAAGAAAAGAUGUUUCAGUCUCCCAUCACUAUGAAAGCUGAACUGUAAUUUUAAAACAUACUGAGAAAGAAAGACAGACAGACAGACCAACAGGAACUCACAGAGUCUUAAAGAAAAAUAUGCUUGUGUCUUUUAUGUAGGAUUAAACAAUCUACUGAAAAUGGCUUUUACAGUCUUCUCUAAAAUGUAACUUUUUGCACAGUUGCUGAUCAAUGGAAAUGUUCAGCACAUUUUCUAGGUCACAGACUCAAACUUCAUGAUAGAAUUCUGCAGACUAUCAAGAACCAAGAAGUCAAUCAUACAAAAUGUAUAAAAACACGACCGGGUUGGACAAUGCAACUUUGGAGAUGCUCAAGAACCCGGCCAUUCGGAUCACCUUGCCAGUUGUCUACUCUAUUAUCGCUCUCAUCAGCAUUCCAGGAAAUAGCUUCUCCCUCUGGGUUCUUUUUUUUCACAUCAAGCCGAAAACAAGGUCAGUCAUCUUCAUGAUUAACCUCAGCAUCACAGAUCUGGCACUGGCUUCCUGUUUUCCCUUCCAGAUUGUAUAUCACAUAUAUGGGAACCACUGGUUUUACAGCAAGCACUUGUGUAGCUUUGUCACCGUGAUGUUUUACGCAAACAUGUAUUCUUCCAUAAUUACCAUGACCUGCAUCAGUUUUGAGCGCUACCUGGGAGUGGUCUACCCACUGAAAGCUAAACAGUGGGAUGGAGGGAACUGUGCUAUUGUGGGUUGUUUUGUGAUGUGGGUACUUGUCCUGUUGGCCUGUUGGCCACUGGCAAGAGCAGACCUGACUUAUGAAGUGAAAGAACUGGAUAUUACAACUUGCUUUGAUGUCCUGAAAUGGACAAUGCUACCCAACAUUGCUGCAUGGGCAGCUUUCCUCCUGAUGCCAUUUUUCUUCUUCUUCUGCAUUCCGUUUACACUGACAGUAGCCUGCUACAUUGGCAUCAUCUGGAAGCUCGUCCAGGCUUCCCACAGAUACGGCAACGGACAGAAGACUCGGUCAGUCUACUUAGCUAUCCUUGUCCUCCUGGUUUUCAUCAUUUGUUUUGUUCCCAACAAUAUUAUCCUGUUGGUGCAUAUCCUCAGUCGUCUCAAUGGGAAAGAGGGCUACUAUCACAUUUACAAACUCACCCUGUGUCUCAGCUGCUUCAACAACUGCAUAGAUCCAUUCAUUUACUACUUUGCAUCAAAAGAGUUCUAUGAAAAGUUCAUGAAGGUGAUAGGUCGGAAGGUGCUGCUGAGUGACUCCUCGGAGAUCAGGAGGGAAAGUGUAUUCUCUGCAAGGACAUUGUCAACUGGACAAGCUGAAGGGAUAGAACCGCUUAAUUCAUGUCUGCAACGACAUGAAAGUGUUUUCUAGCAUCAGUGAGAAGAGAGUUCUUUUCACUCUAGGGCUUUUCCCCCAAACUAGUGCUAUUUAUGAGUUUUGGAUUUCAGUUCCCAUCAGCCCCCACUAGUAUAGCCAAUGAUCAAAAAUGAGGAGGAAGCUUGUAAAUGAUGUAUCCACAUUACCUAGGAUAGUGGUGGAGAACCUAUGGCAUGCAUGCCACAGGGGGCACACAAAGCCCUCUCUGUUGGCACACGAGCCAAGUCACCCCAGCAUCGCCCCAGCAGCCGAGCAUCGGAUAACAGCGCACAUAGGGGCCAUGCACUUGCUUGGAAAGUAGUAGCGGCGCCAGGGGAUGAUGUCACGAGAUGCGACUCAUUCGCUGCAAUUCGUCCAAGCUUUCGCAUGGCUGGUCAGUGCGCUGCCAAUGGGUUGGGGGGAGGGGAGAGAGAGAGAUUGAGAUU